CAACUUGUACCAGCUCCUCCACCAGGAAACUCUUCAUUUUAAGUGGCUCUGGGUGUGUGCUCAGGUCAAAGAUCGCUGCUGACGGAGAGAUUAUUAAAAUACAUUUCAGGGAAUCAUGAGUAGGGCAUCUAGAAUUCCCCAAACUGUUUCCUUAUUUGUUCUUGACCAUGCCAGACUGUGAUUGAAGACCAAACGAGAAGUAAACGCACCAUGGAUAUCCAGAAGAGGCUUUCCGCGUGUUGGGACAGUUUUCUGGGUUGUUUUAAAAAGUCUGAAAAUAAGCGUGAGGAGAAACCCGCCGUUGUGAUAGUGAACCGCGCCGCUAAGGAAGAGGAUGAAACGAAUUUCCAUGCGAACAGAUCUCUACCUCCGCUGCCGGUGGGGACAACCGGGGAUUAUUACGUCGCCCUGUACGACUACUCGGCCCGAACCGACCAGGACCUGAGCUUCAACGCCGGGGACACGUUAGAGGCGCUGGACAAGAGUCAAGGAGACUGGUGGUCUGCCAAAGCCCUCACCGGGAUUUCAGCCUCCAAAAAGGGAUACAUCCCCGCUAAUUAUGUGGCUCCUGUGGAGAGUAUCAACGCAGAACCAUGGUAUUUUCCCGACACUAAGAGGCUGGAUGCCGAGAAAAUGCUGCUGGCGGAAGGGAACCAGCAGGGAGCCUUCCUCAUCAGAAACUGUGAAAGUCAGAGAGGAGAGCUUUCACUGUCAGUACUCGACAGUGGAAGGGUGAAACAUUACAAGUUGAAAAAACUGGACAAUGGCUACUAUUACGUGUCGAGGAAUAAGUCCUUUCUAACGCUGAAGGAGUUGGUGGAUUAUUACUCCCAACAGGCUGAUGGCCUCUGUGUACGUCUGGGUGAGCCCUGCAAAAAGAUGGAGGCUCCACUUACUUACGGUUUGUCCUACAACACAGUCGACCAGUGGGAGAUCGAUCGCAGGUCCAUCAAGCUGCUGAGGAAGCUGGGAGCUGGGCAGUUUGGCGAAGUCUUUCAGGGCCUGUGGAACAACACCACUGAAGUUGCAGUCAAGACCCUCAAGCCUGGUUCAAUGGACGCUGAGGACUUCCUGAGAGAGGCUCAGAUCAUGAAGAGGCUGCGGCACCCCAAGCUGAUCCAGCUGUACGCCGUCUGCACCAUGGAGGAGCCCAUCUACAUCAUCACAGAACUGAUGACCCACGGCAGCCUGCUGGACUACCUCCAGAAGGAUAAAGGUGACACAUUGCGCAUCUCCGACCAAAUCGAGAUGGCUGCCCAGGUGGCGUCGGGCAUGGCUUUCCUGGAGUUGCAGAACUACAUCCACAGAGACCUGGCAGCCAGGAACGUCCUGGUGGGCGAGAACAACAUCUGCAAGGUGGCUGACUUUGGCCUUGCCAGGGUCUUCAUGAAAGAAAAUGAAGAUGUAUAUGAAGCCAAAGAAGGAAGUAAAUUUCCUGUGAAGUGGACCGCCCCAGAGGCCCUCCACAGUAACAAAUUCUCUAUCAAAUCAGAUGUUUGGUCCUUUGGAAUUUUGCUGUAUGAGAUCAUGACAUUCGGCCAGAUGCCUUAUCCAACCAUGACAAACUAUCAGGUAGUGCAGAGGGUUCCUCAGGGCUACAGGAUGGCGAGUCCCCCCAGCUGUCCCAAAGUCUUGUAUGACAUUAUGAUGGAAUGCUGGAAGGAAAACGACCAGGACAGACCCACAUUCGAGACGCUGCAGUGGACGCUGGAGGAUUAUUUCGACCAGGACUUGACCUCCUAUGACGAUGCCAGCCGUUAUUAGCACAUCAGCCAGGGUGCAACACGUUGGAAGAAGGACUUAGAACACUCCCUGAAAACAAAAUCAGAAUCACUUGAAUCCAAACAUGAACAUUUGCUGCAAGCCUUGUACAGUAACAGAUUCAAAUGUGAUUUAAAAUUCCCCUUAUUAUGGUCAAAUGAAGGAUCUAAAACGUUGACUGUAACUGCCGUUCAGAGAGGAAACUUCUAGUACAGCAGCAAUUGGUAGCUUUGUUUGACUGCUGAAUGCGCUUUCAGACCGGCAGCAUAUGCGAGUCUCCUGAGACUCACUAGACUAGAAGAGGCUGCUUUGUGCAGAAACCUGUGAUCCAUCAUUCUCGACCAACCAGUUCUUCUUGUGCCAAGCAUAGCGUGCAUUCUUUCCACCUGCGCAACUAUAACCCGAAGACACCUGGGAGGAUUUUAUGACUAUGCUCACCUACGACUGCUUUGCUGAGAGUCUUGGUGUGUCGCAGCAAAUAGCAGGGGCUCUCAUCGUAGUUCCUUCCUGAUUCCAAAGGUGUUGAAAUAAUAGAAAACUUGUUGCUGUUGGGGGGAAACUAAAGGGAAACACAAUGAUAUUUAUUAAAUUACACAACCACAUUAUUUCACUUCAAGUUUUCUCUUCAGUAUGCUUUAACAACUAAUACAAGUGAGCUACUAACAACAAAACACAGUCCAGUUUGUGCAAAGACCUGCUGGUGUCACAGUGGAAACAAAAAAAACCAUCUUGUGCACACAAAUCAAUAAAUUGUGCAGUCUGAUUAUUAACUUAUUCGAAGAAACUCUGAGAUUAUGCUCUUUUAUUAACAGUUUGCUUGCAGAAAUCAAACAAAAGUAACAUUUUAACAUGCACUGACAGGGAGACUAACUUUUGAAUGAUAAUGUAUCCUUAAAUUCAUUUAAAAGAUGACUUAAAUGCACCUUUUCUCAAGUCAGCAGUCACGGUUUUUGACUCUUGAUGCUUUUCUUCUCAUCCUACACUACAUUUUACAGUUAUAUGCAACUGUGACCACCGUGACUGUUGUUCCAGAAAAGUUGCAGUUUCAUGUCAAAGUUGUUUUUUAUCAGCAGGAAAUGUUUACAUAAAUAUAAAAACAACUAUGUUAGUAUUGGGUUUUUUUAGGUUUUAGCCAUAUAUACUCAGAAUUUUGUGCAAACAUAUUAUUCAAAGUAACUGCUCUGCUAAUUAUCAUAUACAAGAUAUUCAUGUUAGUCAUUUGUGUGCACCUUUUGCUUCUGCUUUGACACCCAUGACACAGUUUUGGCAGCCCCAGGCCUCCCACACGGGUUUCUUUUCGACCCUUCAAAUAAUGAAAUCCACCUCGAGUAGCUACACUGCAGCACCUCAUAGUAAACUUACGGUACAUCUUCAGCUUUUACACUGAAUACAUUUUUCUUGUUCACUUUUACUGAUGGCUUAAUGGCUCGAUGACUGAACAAUGCAAGGCUGGAUUUGAUGCCUGUUUUUUGUUGAUCCUGUUAAGACUGCUCUCAGGUCAGUGGGCCAUGUUCUUCCUCAUCAUCUGUAACUACAAAACAACCAAUCAGAUGCCUUUACUUCAGUGGUUGAACCUGGCGGUUUAUCUCAUGCUCAAAUUUUGUACAAUGUUUUUAGUGUCAUGAAUAAAUCGUUUGUAAUUGUACAUUAGAACCAUUACAGUGUUUGUAUGUAAUCGUGUUGUAUUUUAACUUAAUUAUCCUUUAUAAUUAAAUACGUUCUGUUGAGUA